AGCGGUCGUGUCACCCCGGAGUAAACAGAGCAGAACUCGUUCAUUCCUAUCUGUCUCCUGCGCCAUCCUGAUAGCUUCCUCUCUUUUCUCUUCCCAUAUCUUCCGCUAUAUUCCCCCCAUGUGCUGCCACACCCUACUAUCGCGAUCCCAGUGAGAUGCCGUGGACAGUCACAAAUUCGUUUAAGAGGGGCCUCAUGAAAACAUACGGGAGACCGGUGCGGCGCGUCCACGAUGACAACGUACUCCAUGCUGCUAAGAAACGACGCGUAGAGGCAGCGGACGACUCGGACGACGCCGAGUCCAACCUGCAAUAUGCCAUCCGCGAGUCGUCGGCUGUCGUGGCCGCGUCGAGUCCGUCGCGGCGCAAUUCAGUCAUCUUCUCUGAAGCCACGCAAGAAGAUGAUCUCUCCACGCCGCCAUCGUCGCCGCCACCUCCACGUGUGACUCCGCCGCCUGCGAACACGCGGAAACCGACUUUUUCAUUCUUGAAGCGCAAGAAAUCUACUAUAAAGGAAUCAACAAACGGAGCUCCGUUGACUGAAGUCAACUCCAACAGCGUCCGCUCUCUGACCGAUCAACCGAAGAAAAGCCAGCAACAGCCGCAAUCUCAUCAACAACGCCCGCAGCAGCCGCCAGUGUUGAAGCAGUUACAGAUUGAUGCCGGCAUCAAUGUGCGGCGAAGCUGCAACCUAUGUGGCAUGGAAUAUGUCCCCUCCAAUGCCGAGGAUUCCGACCUACAUGAUAAGUUCCAUUCGAUGAAUGCGGUGGGGAUUGAUCUGGGGAAGGCCUUUGUGAAGGCCAAUGCGUCGCGCUGGGUUUAUGAAGCGACACGAUGCCGUGAUGGUUAUAUUGUGAUUGUCGACAGGAAGGCUUCUGUGGCGGCAAGAAGCCAAGCGAAGAAGGUUCUCGACGUGGUUAAUAAGGAGUUAUCGUCGCCAGCUAUCGACGAGCCCCAGCUGUGGAGCCAAGUCGAACCCCCGAAUCGUUUUCGCAAAAACGGCAAGAAAGAGGAGACCGAUCGGUACAAGGUGUUCCUCCAUAUGAAAGACAGCAAAUGUAUGGGGCUAUGUCUCGCCGAACGGAUAUGGGAGGCGCAUCCCGUCAAACUGGACGCGACAAAUAGCGAUAACAAACAUAAAAGCUCCUCGAUCAGCACACAAGAUAUACUAGACCCAGCCAUCGUCGGCGUCUCGCGGAUAUGGACAUGCGGCUCUGCAAGGCGGAAGGGAAUUGCAAUGGAUUUGUUGGAUUGUGUCGUAAGCAAUUUUAUCUACGGCCUAGACCUGCCGAAAGAGCAAAUUGCAUUCACACAGCCUACAGAAAGCGGCGUGCGCCUGUCCGAGAGUUUUUUCGGUGUGCGCGAGCCGUGGCACGUAUAUAGCGAAAGCUCGAAUUCAUGACGAAACAAACCUAUAAAUGUAUUAUUGAGAUGCGCUGAGCUGGCUUAAUACCCGGCUGAGACGCGACGGGGGAUUCAUAUUUUUUUAUUAUCUCGAGCAACAUGGUGGCUAUAGAAGCCCACGACCAUAUACGCGAAAUUGUACUAUAUUUCGGAGUUUUAUCGUUUUAUUUUCCUGGCAUGCCACGCCACCGAAUUA